AGCCACGGCUCGCAGUGGACCUCGCGCGACGACCGCCUGCAGCAGCUGAUGCUGCCCCUGUCGCCCGUCUCCGACCCCGCCGCUCCCCGCCCGCCCGCGCCCGUGCCCAUGCUGAAGAUUGGCGACGAGACGCCGACGUCGUCGCAGGAGCCGCUGGUCGACGAGAUUGCCUCGUGUCUGCGCGAAUGGCACUCCACCAAGGUCCACGAGCUGCUGCUGGCGCGCGAGUACACUCUGCUGGACAGGAUGUCGUCGCUGGUCAACCGCCUCGACACGGCCCGCCGCCAGCUGCUGCACAAGGUGCUCACUGCAAAGGAGCUCGAGAAGGUGCGCGAGGCCACCGUCUGGGACCUGGUCGCAGGCAACAAGCUGCUGUCAGGCGACGUCAUUGUGCGCAGCCCCUCGCAGCGCGGUCGCAUCCUGACUGGCGACGACUCGGCUAUUGAGACCACAAAGUUGCAGUCCAUGAUGAGCCUGCUGGACAGUCGGCCCAUGCCGCAGGCAGACGAGCACAAUCUGCACCACCUGUUCGUCAGCCUGAGGCGCGUGGCAGGCGAUGUCGUACCAGGCGCUGCGCAAUUGAGCAUGUACCUAUGUCUGAAGAUGCCGGGCACGGCGCCACAGCCCCUGUCAGAGGCAUACUCGUUCGAUCUGACGGCACGAGACGGGUCAUCUGUCUCGCUAGCCGGCGACAAGCUGCGCUCACUUAUUGUAGGCCUCAGCUCGACUGACAUUGGUGAAGGUGCUGGCUCAGGAUCAAGCAUAUACCUCGUCUUCAGACUGCUGAUCAACGACCCAAUACGCACAGUCGCACAGGAAAAGUCUGGCGCGCCCAAAGACAGUGCCAACGCAAGCAGCUCCGGCGUACAGCCUUCGCAGCAAGGAAGUAUCAAGAGCGGCAGACGAAGCGCCAUGUUUGGCUCCAAGAGAAAGGACUCGUUCGCCACCAUGUCGAGGACCAAUGCUACCACUACGACAUCCACAACAAUGACUGACGUGCCUGAAGGGCGUCACACAAGCCCUGACCUGCAAAGAUCUAAUACCUUCGAAGAUAGACCUGGGUCCGCUGCUACUAAAAACAGGAUGCCUUCAAGAGACCAGAAGACGUUGAAAAGAGCCGUGGCCGUUGGUGUUUUGCGCGUUAACCAGGUCAUGAAGAAUGUAGGCGAGGCUGAUCACACCGUCACUCUGUGGACUACGUCUCGCUCAUCUGACGCGGGCGCAGAAGAGGACGCUGGCUGGGAUGAUGUACUGCCCGAGCUGUAUCCUAGUGCGAGCGGAAAGUACAGACGCAACGGCGACAUCGACAGUCUUGCCGUACACCUCAAGGCCUUCGUUCACCCAGAUGCUGAGGGGCUCAUCGAGAAGACGCCCACAUUGCUGCACCACAUCAAGCAGACCAGAAAGAUUGGGUUCUCAGGUGCACCGACGAAGCCACGUAGCGACAUAUACGUGACACUUGGAGCGCCCGUUUUGCCCAAGAAUGCCUUCCUGGCUCAUCCCAAAAGUGGAACCGUACCCCUUGUGCAGUCAUCACCCAUGGAGAGUCUGCAGUUGACUCUCGAAGUCCGCAAAAGCUCUGGCGAGAGGAUCGAGGGCUGCAUCUAUCCGUCUACUAACAGCACCGGACACACUGCUUGGCGUACGACAGCAGUCGAGAGAGGUGAAGGAUGGAAUGCCACCAUUCGACUCGCCAUCGACCCACAAGACGUACCCGGAUCUCACCUGGUUAUGAGCGUGGCAGAUGCACCAGGAUUUCCCUUUGCGCUGUGUUGGAUGCCACUAUGGAGCAAGGACGCCUUUCUCCGAGAUGGCGACCACGCCCUGUCCCUGUAUCGGUACGAUGAGUAUACAUCCGGAAUAAUCGCAGGAAAAGGCGCCUACCUCGGGCUGCCUUGGAGUGCGAAGAAGAAAGACGAGCAUGUCAUGGGCGGCCCGAUGGCGGCUGUACACGUCAAGACCUUCCUGUGCAGUACGAAAUACUCGCAAGAUCCUACCAUCCUCGGACUCAUCAAGUGGCAAGAACAGCCACCAGGCGAACUCGUGGGGUUGCUUCGCCGCUUCAACUUCGUGCCCGAGAUUGAGAUUGUGAAGUUGCUGAGUGAGGUAUUUGAUGCGCUCUUCGCUAUCCAGAGUCACUAUGCUGGCAGUGACGAGUACGAGGACCUCAUCUUCAACGCUGUAGUGAUUGUUCUGGGUAUUGUCCACGAUCGACGUUUCAACCUGGAGCCUUUGGUCGAUCAGUACGCAAGGACAAAGGUGUUUCAUUCGCUGGUGACGUCUUGUCUGACACAAAGCUUUGGACGGCUGUUAGCCAGGCCUCUCGAGUCCGAGAGCUCGCGCCGCUUACGAGCGACCUUCAAGGUUGGGAAUCUUGUUGUGAAGUUCCUUGUGAACGCGCGAGAGAAGCAGAGAGCCAAGGAGGAAAGCAUCGGCAUCAAAGACCGCACCCAGUUCGCGAAAGAGCUGAAGAGUCUGUUUGGCUCUCUCGAGCACUUGAUGAAAAACCCAUCUCCGGUGCUCAUUGGCACCAAGACCCUGCUGGUUCAGAAUUUCCACUCGUGGCUGCCAGAACUGGAAGGCUGCAUGCCGAACAUGGACAUCUUCAAGAUCGCAGAAAACUUCAUCGAGGCAUGCGCUGACGUACAGGGCAAGCUUGUACUGUACAAACUGCUGCUGAUACAUCACAUCUCUGGACUCUCGAUUUUCCGCACACCAGAUACUCGAAAGCGUCUGCUCAGGAAGACAGUCACAUGGCUUGCUCCAUACUGGGGCCAAGUUGAAACCGUGACAGACCAAUGGAAGGACCAAGUACGGCUGUGCUGCUCAGUGGUGGCAUUGCAAGUGGAGGAGCUGGGCCAAGAGGCGGCUGACUACAUGCCCAAGCUGGUUCACUCGUACCGCGCGAUCCAAGCGACCCCGCGAGCGCCCAAGAAAUCCCUUUCGCUUCUGUUUCCGACAUCGUAUCCGUUCCAAUCGCGGCCAACGACCACCGAGGCAAACUUCGACGAAGCGAUGAUCGAGAUCUCUGCUGUCCUCGCCGCCAUGUCUAGCUUGCCGACAAUGAUACACCUCGACUGGCAGAAGGAAGAGACCGCUGAGUUCUUGUUCUCUGUUCUGCAGGUCUACAUCUCCAUUCUCGACUGCGAAGCGUUCCCGAGCUCUUGGUUGAGUGUGCAUAUAUACCACCACAAGGCCACUAUGCGCGCGCUUUCAAAGAUGUCUAGCAUCUUGACUGACUCGUUCCUUCCGCUUCCAGACGAGGCGGGCCAGUUCAAUACCGACCUCUGGCGAGCGUUCUUUGAUGCUCUGCUGAAGCUUGUCGGCAGCGAUGCACUUGCGUUAGAGACCUUCCCGGAGCAGAAACGAAGGGCUGUGUGGAAGAUUGCGGGCGAUGUCCGGGAGCACGGUGCCGAGCUGUUGCAACGCAGCUGGGAGGCAAUUGGCUGGGAAGCGAGCAUAGAGGAGAAGAGCCAAUAUGGUCUGGAGAAGAUGGGUGGCUUCCAGGUGCAGUACGUGCCUGGCUUGGUUGCACCGAUCGUGGAGCUGUGUCUCAGCGUCCAUGAAGGGCUGCGCAGCGUUGCGAUUGAGGUCCUGCAGACCAUGAUCGUCAGCGAAUGGACGCUCAGCGAAGAUCUGUCGCUGAUCCAGGCCGAGAUGAUCGAUUGCCUGGACCAUCUGUUCAAGACGAAGCAUCUCACCGAGUCAGUGCUCCAGAAGCACUUCAUCCAAGAGCUUGUGGAGCUGUUUGAGCCUCUUUCCCAGGAUCCCAACGAGCCACUGCUUGCUGCGCUGAAGGGACUCAUCGCCACCAUCGACGACUUGAUGGACCUACUCGUCGCCGUGCACAGCACCGAAGCCACAGGCGAGAUCUUCCACAUCAUGGAUACGCUGCACCUUAUGACGUUCCUGAAAGACAUGCAGAAAGAGGACAUGUACAUUCGCUACGUCCACCAGCUGGUAGACCUGCAAGUUGAAGCCAACAACCAUACCGAAGCCGGCCUCGCUCUGCGCAUGCAUGCCGAACUGUACGAAUGGGAUCCCAAUUCUACUGCCGACCCAUUGACGGAGCCCGACAUGCCGCCACAGUCUUCGUUCGAGCGCAAGGAGCAACUAUACUUCCAGAUGAUCGAGCACUUUGAGAACGGUCAGUCAUGGGACAAUGCACUUGGUGCGUAUGCCGAGCUGGCGUCCCAAUACGAGCGCAACGUCUUCGACUUUGUCAAGCUGGCUAGAACUCAGCAUGCGGUUGCGAAGAUUCAUGAGAGCAUAGCAAAGGGCCAGCGACCCAAUCCACGCUACUUCCGAGUCGUGUACAAAGGCCUUGGGUUCCCCGCGGGGCUCCGUGACAAGCAGUUCAUCUUCGAGGGCUCUGCUACAGAUCGAUUGGCGUCUUUCACUGAUCGCAUGCAAGAGCAGCAUCCCUCGGCGCAGAUAUUAAACCCUGGUGCCGAGCAAGAUGUUGAAGGCCAAUACUUGCAGAUCUACCCCGUCAGCCCACAGAAGGACCUCACACAUCCGAUCUACCAACGAGCCAAGGUGUCGCAGUCUGUUCGGGACUACCACCUCCUGUCGCGGCCGUCACAUUUCACUUCGGCAUCUCGUCGCUCGCCGUCUCGCGCCACGACCAGUGACAAUACCGUGGAGAAGACUUUGUACACCACGGCGGAGUCUUUCCCCACCAUCCUGCGGCGAAGCGAGAUUGUUGCUGUUGGGACCAUCACCCUGAGCCCUCUGCAGACGGCUAUUGAGCGUACCACACGCAAGGCUGUGGAGAUCGCGGCUCUCGAGAAGAAGAUCGCUGAUGGGGAUGAUACGGUGUUCAACACCCUCACUCAAGAGCUCAUGUAUGCCGUUGACACACAUAUUGAGGGAUGCGUUGCCAACUACCAUGAUCUCCUGCCAAAUCCACGGCGCUCGAUGGAAGAAGACGAGGAUGAGGAGCCUCAGAUCGACCCGCCGAAUCCGCUGGAGAACGCAUUGCGGGUCAGCUUGGUUGAUUACGCGCUGGUCAUCAGACGUUGUCUGGCUAUGUACACUAGGCCUGCUCAGCAGGCGACGAAGUCGGACCUAUCGCAGCGGUUUGAGACUUCCUUCCACAGAGAGCUCGAGAUCCUCGCACCACCCAACACAGUAAUGCAUGCCCGAUCUCCCACAGGCUCAUGGCUCGUAGCCGCGACCUCGCGCUCGCAAGUCGCCAGCCCCACGCCCUCCCAGCAACCAAACGGCACCCGCCUCCGCUCCGCGACCAGCGAAUCGCGCCCGGACCGCCACGACAAGAAACGCAUGAGUCUCAGCUUCCUCACCAAAGGCACCAUCACCGGUGACUCGCCGCCAAUCCCCUCGCCACAGAAAGACGACCUCACCGCCCUCCCCCAACGCGCCUCCGACACCGACUCGACAACGACCUCGUCGCACAGCCGCAGCCGCUCCAAAGACACGGCGCGCUCGCGCCUCAGCCUGAGCUUCCUGCGCCCCUCGUCGCCGCUCGAAGCGCUCCCCGAUUUCGCCAGCAGCGAGCACGUCGGCGGCGGCUUGACGCGCGCCGCGAGCCAGAAGUCCAGGCCCGAGACCGGACGCAGCGAGCGCAGUAAGGGCGAGAAGGAGGGCGGCGCGCAUCGCAUGGGGAGUGUCAAGAAGCGGCUCAGUUUCAUGAGUAUUAGCAAGAAGAGUAGUAAGAAUAGCGUUAAGGGGAGGGGAGGGGUGGGAGAUGUGCUUGUGGAGGAGUAA